AAUAACGUGAAGGGGAGACAGAACUCUGAUAGAGACGGCCAUUCGUAUUGAAGCUUCACAGGGACUAUCAACAGGGAGUACAGCCGAUGCAAAAGGAAAAUUGGGGUAUGAGAGCCACCAGAAUCCGUUCCCAUCCUUCGCUGCCCGGGGCCCAGUCUGACUGACAUCCUUCGGAUCAGCAUUGCCACUGAACCACCUCUCGAAUAAACCUAAUAUCGUGUGAGUAGUGUACUGGGGAACCGACGAAACCAGGGGGGAAAGGGAUCUUGAUUCGACCGAACCGGAGUCUUGUAUUCAGAGCGUCGCAGAGGGGGAGGGGCGAAUAGAUGGCUAUCACUGGAGAACAUAGGUGAACUUUCAACACCAUGGAUCUGAGAGUGGGGAACAAGUACCGACUGGGACGGAAAAUAGGGAGUGGGUCCUUUGGAGACAUUUACCUUGGUGCCAACAUUGCCACGGGCGAAGAGGUGGCCAUUAAGCUGGAAUGUGUGAAGACCAAACACCCACAGCUGCACAUCGAGAGCAAGUUCUACAAGAUGAUGCAGGGAGGAGUGGGGAUUCCCUCGAUAAAGUGGUGCGGGGCAGAGGGAGACUACAACGUCAUGGUGAUGGAGCUCUUGGGCCCCAGUCUGGAAGACCUCUUCAACUUCUGUUCCCGCAAGUUCAGCCUCAAAACGGUGCUACUGCUGGCAGACCAGAUGAUCAGUCGCAUCGAGUACAUCCACUCCAAGAACUUCAUCCAUCGCGACGUCAAGCCCGACAACUUCCUCAUGGGGCUGGGGAAGAAGGGCAACCUGGUGUACAUCAUCGACUUUGGCUUGGCCAAGAAGUACAGAGACGCCCGCACACACCAGCACAUCCCCUACAGGGAGAACAAGAACCUGACGGGCACUGCACGCUACGCGUCCAUCAACACCCACCUGGGCAUCGAGCAGUCUCGGCGUGACGACCUGGAGUCUCUGGGAUAUGUCCUCAUGUACUUCAACCUGGGCUCUCUGCCCUGGCAAGGCCUCAAAGCUGCCACAAAGAGGCAGAAGUACGAACGCAUCAGCGAGAAAAAAAUGUCCACCCCCAUCGAGGUGCUCUGCAAAGGAUACCCCUCCGAGUUCUCCACCUACCUGAAUUUCUGCCGCUCACUGCGCUUUGACGACAAGCCAGACUACUCAUACCUUCGGCAACUCUUCAGGAAUCUGUUCCACAGACAAGGCUUCUCCUAUGACUACGUAUUCGACUGGAACAUGCUCAAAUUUGGUGCCAGUAGGACAGCAGAAGACGGUGAGAGGAGGGGAGCUGACGAAAAGGACGAGCGUAUCGUAGGAGGCCCUCGGGGAUCUGCUGCACGGGGUCUCCCGCCAGGGCCAAACCCACCAGCUGCCAACAGAGUUAGGAAUGGACCUGAGCAGGCCAUCUCUAACCCUGCAUCACGGGUGCAGCAGUCUGGGAACACGUCACCGCGGGCUAUCUCUCGCGCUGAGCGUGAGCGGAAGGUGAGCAUGCGGCUCCACCGAGGAGCCCCUGCAAACGUGUCAUCCUCUGACCUCACAGCCCGUCUUGACCAAUCCCGAAUUUCCACUUCGCAGGUCAGCAUGCCAUUUGAGCACCUGGGGAAGUGAAACCUUCAGCUCCACAUGCACUGGAUACUGACAGGGCUUCAAGAGAUCCUUUGUCCCAAUUUUUGUUUAUUUUGUGAAUUUUUGCCAAUUGGACAGAUAAGUGGAUCUUGGAGGAAAGGACAGAGAAUCAUAAACCGAUGACAGUUGGUCAAGGACUGCAGGAAUUUCUCCCCUCCACCCUAACUUUGAUGGGAUAAACCUGGCCUAUAAUAGUACAAGGAUAAGAUGGUGAAUAACACCCUCCUCUCCACUGACCUAUUUACCCCAUGGUAGCUUGGAUCAUACACCCCUUGCCACACACCUUUGUCCCUCCCCCACUAUUCUCUGGGUGGCUGGCAGAGGUAGAAGACUGAUUUGGGGGUCGAAAAAGCCAAGCAGGUGCUCCUUUGCCAAAUAUAGUUGCGGGCACAAACACGUUCCAAACCAAGGAAAGGUCAACUCGAAAUUUGGGCUUGUGUGGAUUUAGCCAUUUCUGUUUACACUGCAAAGACCACACACACAAAUGUACCCAUGUAUGUUUUAACCAGUUCAUUUAUAGAAUAGUAAGGGGCUGUACUCCAUUGGUAUGAUUUACUGUGAAUAUUUUGUGAAUAGAUCAUAUUCAUUUGGUGGGGGUCCUGUUGAGGCUUGGGAAAUUUGUUUAUUAUUUGAUGUUUUAAUUCGAAAAGGAAAGGUACAGCUGAAGAGAAGGAAUGGUGAGAAAGAUGGAGAGAUGGGUGGGUGGUAGAUGAAGCCAUGAGAAAGGAAGAGCAAGUGAUUAUUAGCUGUAAUGGUGUAGAAAUAGUGUUGGGUUCUUUUCCCCUACUUUACCUCUUACUGGGUUCCUAAUUCUCUACUUUACCUCUUACUGAAUUCCUAAUUCUCUACUUUACCUCUUACUGAAUUCCUAAUUCUCUACUUUACCUCUUACUGAAUUCCUAAUUCUCUACUUUACCUCUUACUGAAUUCCUAAUUCUCUACUUUACCUCUUACUGAAUUCCUAAUUCUCUACUUUACCUCUUACUGAAUUCCUAAUUCUCUACUUUACCUCUUACUGAAUUCCUAAUUCUCUACUUUAACCCUCUUUGGAACUGAUGUUGCCCAAAAGCCAACACCUCACACAAUGAUUGAGGUGAACAUGCAUUUUCUACCCUUCUCCCGCUCUCAUUUAUUCACCACCUCAUCCACACUUGGGUUUUUUUAUCCUCCCUUUUUGCCCACUUUGGUCUCCUUUUUGAUUUGUGUUCUUUGGUCAUAAUAUUUGGAAGGUUGGUAAGGUCAAAGUAACCAUGCUUAUUUUAAGACUGUGCAACACUCUUAAGACAUGGGAGAAUCACAAGCUUAUUGUAUUUGACCAGAGACUGUGAUGAACAAGUUGGCAAAUGAUGAUGGCUAUGAUUUUCAUGAUUGUUCUUAACGUCAACUUUUACAUUUUAUUUUAAUGCUUUUCUUUUUGUAGGUCUGAUGGGAAUGGACGAGCUCUGUACUUGAUUGAAGGGGGGGUGCAUGAAGUGGAAUGGCUUCUUAAAUUGUUUUUUUUUACUUCACUGUAAAUAUAUUUUUUAUUUCUGUGUAAAGCCAAAAUGUGGUUGGUUGUUUUUAAGGUGUAAUGUAGAAAAAGACAUACUAAAUGCAUAAAUUGCGGCUGGGGAUCAGAAUAUUUGAAAAUAUUAAGUACUAAAUUGGGAGGGAUUUUAGAAACUUUUACAUCGCCAACUGGUUCGUGUGUGUGUCGUCAGAAGUGUAGUUCUGGUGCAUGGACUCUCAGAAUUCCAUAGGUCCCCUGUUAAGAUCACAGGGCUGCUGGGGAUAAACUGCAGGCUAUACAUUUCUCGUGCCUCAUUAUUUGAGAUUGUCCAUCUCACUGUUAUUUUUCUGAAACUCCAUUUUGUUUCUCUUGUGUAUGAGGAAACUCUUGAAGUAUUGCACUUUGUUUUUCCUCUUUUUGUCCCGUUUAUUUUAUUCCCAGCAGUUUGUUCAUAGCCUGUUGAGAAUUUGUCACUACUCUCCCCAUCACUCCACUCAAAGCCUUUCCUGGAGGCUGUCCAUGUUCUCCACCAAGGACCUGAUAUAGGGCUGUCUACUUUUCCUUUAAAACAAAAAAAAGCACUCUUGAAAAAGGGGAUGCUGACAGGGGUUGACGUCAUCGGCGCCUUCUAUUUCAAAAUAAGAGGUCCCUGGAUGUCAUUUACCAGCACCCUUGAUGUCAUUGAUGAUAACUGGGACUCGGAUGCAGUCACAGUGAUGUCACAGAUUCUGGUAAUGACCUGUGUUUGCGACGUGUCCCUUUGGCAAGCCAGUGUGACCCAGUGGCAAUGUAACUACGGGGAGGGAUAGUGCUUGUCAGGUUAUCGGGAGUAUACACUUUAUGUAUUAUGUACUGAUAUCUUGUACAGUUCUUUAACACACUUUAACUUUAUUUACAACAGUAUUUGUGUAUAUUUUAUGACCUAAUAAAAAAUAAAACUUCCA